AGCUCAGACCACGGCUCAGACAGCCGCGCCGCACGCGAGGCAGAGACGACGGUGCACUCCAUGCCGGCAUCGCGUUCAGUCGAACAACGACCGUUGCGACAAGGGACAGAAUGCGCUGCCAUCGUAUCGACGUAGCCCGCAAUAGUCCUUGGCAAGACCAACUGGACCUUGAAAGGAAGUGCGACGCGGUGGACGCCGGCCAGAAAUGCUGGCUCAGCGCCGACUUGACAGCCUGGAACCAAGUGAUGCACACACUGGCAUUCGAGCUCGUCGAGACCAGGCCGGGCAGGCUGCGCCUGAGCUCGAUACCGCGCGGCAAAGCGGGAGGCGACACGACGGCCGCCGCCCGGCAGGCGUCCUUCCUGGUCUCCCGGCUCCUCGCGCGCCACUGUUGCAUCGACGAGUUCGGCGUGACCUGCGCCGUGCCGUGCGGUCGCCCCCUGGAGGAGACGCCCUUCCCGAUCCGCUUGCGUCCCCCGUCGGCGCAAGGCGCGAAGCGAAGCAUCCGCUGGCUGGAGAUCGAGGAGCGCCCCACGGCCGCCCUCGUCGUGCAAGACAUCGACGCCAUCACCGACCUCGUGACGGUGAGGAUCAGCGCGCGCGCGGUCCGAGCCGAGUUCGCCGCCGAAGUCGAGAAAUUGCUGCGCCGCAACGCGGGCUCCAUAAAGUCGGUGGACAUCUCCGACAUGAACCGGCUGCCGCGCAACAUCAUCAGGGCGCUCGAGUGUCUCGUCAAGUGCGAGUCGUUGAGCCUCAGUUCGGUCAUGGAUUUCGUCAGGGGCCUGCCGGACGUGGAGGCAGUGGCGCAGCUCGUGCGGACUUCCACGGCUCUGAAGGAGCUCACCGUUGACCCCGUCAUGGAGACACAGAUUUCGGCGACGGCCAAAGCUCUGGAGUGCAGUGCUACGCUGACGAAACUCACUCUCUUUAUACCGGACUCGGUCACAUUGCCCAAAGGUCUAUUCCCCGCGCUGGAAGUGAACACUGUCUUGAAGGAACUCUGGCUUACAGGGUUCUGUUGCAUUGACGAACAAUGUGGCCAGGCUAUGGCAUCGGCACUGCGAAAUAACACUUGUCUUCGACACAUCCACAUUGAGGACGUUCAGAUGGACUACUCUAGCAUGGCGGAGUGGCCAGAUGCUCUAUCGAAGAAUAGCGCACUGGAAUGCUUUCAGUUGUCAAGUGAGCAACUGCCCCUGAAUGGAAUUUCAGCCUUGUGUAGGAUUCUACCGACAAACAAGGUCUUAAAGAAGCUCGUAUUUGCUGGAUUUCGAGCUUCACAGGAAGAAAGGGUAUUCUUGGCAGAGCAGUUGACCGAGAGCAAGUGCUACGGCCGGGUGCAGCUGCCAUGGGUUGACCUUGACCUGGUGGGCCUCGGGGCAGCCCUCAAUUGUCCUUCGGAAUGCCCCGAGGAACUGUACCUGCCGGACAUCUGCCAACUAUCCGAAGCCAGCCUCAGGCCUCUGUGCGAAGCCCUGGCGUCGAGCAAGCGCGUUCGCUUAUUUAGCUUCGCCGUGCAGGGUCACACCGAGGGCAGAGGAGCUGCGCUCUGCGAAAUGCUGAAAGCCAACCGGUCCAUCAAACGCCUGCUUCUUAACAUGGCGGACGACAGAGACGCGACCUUCUCCCGAGACGUCUUUCACGCCCUGGCUGCCAACAGGUCCAUCACGCAUCUGGUCUUCCGCCUGGACAAAGUCCAGAGCCUCGAGACGGCCACCGCGUUCUCUUACAUGCUGGCCCACAACAGCACGGCCACGAGCGUUUCGCUCUGGUUCGCGACCGAUCUCCACGCUCAAUUCAUCGAGCAGGUGUCCAGUGGGAUGUCGCGCAACAGGGUAAUCGUGGACCUCAAACUCAUGACCGACCUGGUGACGUGUGACACCACGAGCUUCCCCGUUUUCGAAUCGCUGCGGAGGAACAAAUCCGCCCUGAACCGCGCCACGGAAUUCGUCCUGACGCACCGAGCCGACAAGCAGUUGGCCGAGGACUUCGAGCACUUCCUGGGCCGGCCGUGCCUUCUCGCUCACCUGGUGGAGGUCACGGGAAAAACGGAACCCGAAGCGCUGGUAGAUGUGACUUCGGCCCAGCACUUCCUGGAGGACAACUAUCUGGUUCUCACGGGAAUCGUCAAGCACUCUGUGGUGUGUGGGCCAGCCGAAACCACGCAGCUGGACGCGCUGAACACCCACUGUUGGCGAGCAGUGGUGCGCCAUCUCAAGGUUGCAGACGUUCUCACUGAGGCAAGCGACAUUACUGCCAGUUAAGGAUCGAACGUCUAAUUUCGUAAAAACUAUAUGGCGUAUCGCGUUGAAUCAGGUGGUGUUCGUGCGUUUUAUUCUGAUGCAGAACACCGCUGUAGUAAAUUAAUCGUACCUGGAAAUGCGUUUACUAUGUCGCGCUAACUUUACUACAAUGCGAGCCACUUCGAACUUUUAAUUAAUUCAACGAAAUUACCUAUUAACGCUCAAAUCUGGUUAUUGGACCGCCAACGUGCGGUAAAGCUUAGAAACCAACAGCAUUGGUGUAAGUUGUUCAUAAUUGUCUGCCUCGUAUAGAUGCUCUCCAACGCUGCACGUGGUCACAGUAGGUGGCGAUGGUAGGUAAUGCGGAAGAUCGGCAGGGAUCCGCCGCAGUGGAACAUUAGUUGCACACAUUCAGUAUACGUGUGCUUAAUGGCACGUGCAUUUUUGUACCUGAGAUAUCGUGUGUCGGCGGUAAAGACGGUCGCGCAGGCAAGUAACUAUUAUAAUGACUUUCUCAGGUUCCGUCGAUUUGCUAUUUCGUUUUAUUUUGCCACGCGAACUAAGAGUUUAGUCGGUGUUAGCGCGGCGUUAUAAUUAUCGCGUGUUUUUUUUACAUUGCUAUGAGGAGGUUGUACAAUAAUUAGUACACUUACACGUACAUAUUAUCUAAGAGAUUCAGGUUUUGUCGAUUUUAUAUUACGAUUCCUUAUUUUUUGCCAUAUCAUCUACGAAUUAAAUAGGUAUCAGCACCGUUGUAUAAUUAGCGAGUUCAUUACUACAUUACAAUGACGAGAUCGUUCUAUAGCCGUUAAUCUGAUGUGAUACACUCCUGGAAGCUUGAGAAAGAUUGCCGCAUCCAGCAGUGGUCAUGCUGGUGUAUCAUUGGUGUCGUUCUUCUCUAAAACCUGUAAAUAACAGACUGUUUCAACCUACACGCAAACUUAGUUUCGAACUGUUGCGUAAUCAAAGAUAAUUCUCCCAUGUUCAUGUGACAUUCAUGGCAUUAAUAGUUCAUAGUAAUUAUUUUAUUGCGCAAUUACAUUUCUUUUGGUGCGAAUGUAUUCUCUGUGGACAGCAAUAAAAGCGAACUAGCUAAAUCUU